UGAUCCGGUCGCGCCCUUUCGUUUUUGUUUGCCCUCAGACCCUAACUUUCUUCAGCGAUCCAUUUGCGAGCGAUGGCGCGGACGAAACAGACGGCGAGGAAGUCGACCGGCGGGAAGGCUCCCCGGAAGCAGCUUGCGACGAAGGCGGCGAGGAAGUCGGCGCCGGCGACGGGCGGUGUGAAGAAGCCCCACCGGUUUCGCCCCGGAACGGUGGCGCUGCGGGAGAUCCGCAAGUACCAGAAGAGCACGGAGCUUCUCAUCCGGAAGCUCCCCUUCCAGCGGCUCGUUCGGGAGAUCGCCCAGGACUUCAAGACCGACCUCCGCUUCCAAAGCUCCGCGGUGGCGGCGCUGCAGGAGGCUGCGGAGGCCUACCUGGUGGGGCUCUUCGAGGACACCAACCUCUGCGCCAUCCACGCCAAGCGCGUAACCAUUAUGCCCAAAGAUAUCCAGCUUGCACGCCGCAUCCGAGGCGAGCGUGCCUGAAUGGUUUGAGACGGUUUCCUGGGGCUAAUGUUGUAGUGUAUCGUGUCGGGGCAAGCAGGCAAAGGGAUAUCUUAUUGAACGGGAUGGCUAAUGGUGUCGUUUGUAUAUCUGAAGGAUUGGGUUUCUGCUUUUUUUUGUGUUUUUUUCCUCGAUGUUAGGAUUUGAUGGUCUAGGGUUUUUGGAUGUUUCUAUGGAUGAUCGUGGCCAAAAUGAAGGAAACUCUGCCGUUUAUUUGUGCUGGUCUUUGUUUAUGUUUGGUUAGGGAUUAUUUAGUUGGUGUGAUUUGGAUGUAAAUAAUUUUAAGCAUUGUAAGACAUGUUUUGUUGGGUGUUGGAUUUUGAAAUAGGGAUGAUUAACUUCUAUUCCAAUU